AUGACCUCUCUGUCUUCUAGCUCCGGCCUUGCCUCGAAAUGGCCCGCUGCCCUCGAUCUCGCAGGUUCGGCGGCACCUUGCCGAGUAGAAGGCGAAGUUGGGGAUUUAGUCGUCUUGGGUGAAAUCCCAGACGGUAUCAAUGGGACUUUCUACCGCGUGAUGUGCGACCCAUACAUGCCCCCACAUCCCGACAAUAUCCCUCUCGACGGGGAUGGCAACGUAUCGGCAUUUCGAAUUCGUGAUGGCCGCGUCGACAUGAAGAUCAAGUAUAUCGAGACGGAACGCUAUAAGCUAGAGCGACAUGCGAACAAAGCAUUAUUUGGCCUCUAUCGGAAUCCCUUUACUCAUCACCCAUGUGUCAGAGCCGCAGUGGACUCAACGGCGAAUACCAACCUGGUCUACUGGGCUGACCGGAUGAUUGCUCUGAAAGAAGUGGCCCUCCCUUACGAAAUAGACCCCGACACUCUGGAGACACUAUGCUAUGAUCCGUUUGGUGAUCAGGUCAAGUCAAAAACUUUCACGGCCCAUCCAAAGGUUGACCCGUACACCGAAGAACUGGUUGUCUUUGGCUACGAAGCUAAAGGUCUUGGGACUAAGGACAUCGUCGUCUACGCUCUUGAUAAAUAUGGAAAGAAACACGAUGAGCAGUGGAUCGAAGCACCCUGGUGUGCUUUUAUUCAUGACUGUGCCAUUACGCCAAAUUGGCUUAUUCUUGUCUUGUGGCCAUUUGAAGCUACCCUUGAGCGUUUGAAGGCUGGGAAGCACCACUGGGCCUGGGACUACAGCUUGCCAGUGACCUUCAUUAUUGUCCCAAGGAGAAAGACCACACCCGUACCAGCUGGAUGGAAAGAAGGGGAGCAUAGAGUUUAUUCCUGGAAGAACUGCAUGCCUAUUCAUACGGGAGGGGCAUGGGAAGCUCAGAAUGGAAAAUUAUAUCUCGAGUCAUCUCGCGUACAUGACAACGCGUUCCCUUUCUUUCCGACAGCCGAUGGGGAACUGCCAUCGCCGGGCGCCAAAGCAGACUUUGUGCGUUGGGAGUUCGAUCUGAAUCUUCCUGAUGGAAGUCAAAUUCCGGACCCGCAGCUUAUCCUCGAUACGCCUUCGGAAUUCCCUCGCAUGGAUGAGCGGUUUAUGACCAAGGAGUAUGAAUUCAUUUUUCUGAAUGUUUUCAUUCCUGAUCGGUUGAAUGGGGAAAAGAACAUUUUCCAUGGGCUCAACGGGCUUGCGAUGCAUAGUCACAAGACCAACAAAACUCAUUGGUACUAUGCCGGAGACGACUGUCUCGUGCAAGAGCCGGUAUUCAUUCCCCGUUGUGCUGAUGCUCCCGAGGGUGAUGGAUGGGUUCUCGCUAUGGUCGAGCAGCGUACUGUAAAUAGCUGCCACCUCGUCAUCCUCGAUACGAAAGAAUUCGAGAAACCGAUCGCUUUCGUUCAGCUUCCUUUGCAUGUGAAGGCACAGGUUCAUGGCAACUGGGUUGGUGCAUCUCUGCUUCCUACGAGCAAAAGUCUUGUUCGGACCUUCUCUCAGCCUAUCAUUAGUAACCAGGGAUCCUUGGUCUCUCUGGCUUAG